UACCCUGCCGGUGAAAUCCAGGCUUCAGUCUCAUAAUCUAAUUUUGAGAUUAGGAUCAUCAAAGUUUGAUUUCAAUUACUGAUUUUAAAUUGAUUUCAAUCUUUGACAUGACCUUACUUGUCAAUAUUAAAGAUAUCAAGGUUAUGUUUUCACAUACGUGAAAACAGUAAAUGACAAAAUGAAAAAAAUGACUUUAGCUGGGUUCUUACAGACUGGGCCACAUAUUAACAAUUGAUUAAAUACAUAAUCACAUUUUGAACUUUUAUAAUAUAUUAUUACAUAAUAUAUUAUUAGCUUCAAGGAGAAAUAAAAACACAAUUGAAAAGAUGGACAAUGAUCAUAAAUAAUAUCUGUACCCAUUAAGUAACAUAAAAGCAGCAUGCCAUAUGCCACAUUUAGGGAUCCAGGAGCAGACUUUAAAAUGCUUUAAAAAUGAUUUGUUAAGCCCGACAAAAUAUCUGGGAGCUCCAUGGGUUAACUGAGGGCUGAGAAAAGCUGUUGCCAAUUAAGCGUGCUGAAUGCCACAUAUAGACAUUUCCUCAGUACUUCCACCACAGGUUGCAGAGCUCAUGUUUCGUACUAGACAGACAAUAUAACUGCUGUGAUGAUUCAAAAUGUUUGUUUUAUUUGCUUUGACCGGUAGAAAACAAUUUUUAAACUGACCGUGUGGUCAUAGGGUGCACUCUCCCCUCUCAUUCUCUGGAUUACAAAGAAUCGAAUUGAAGAGCCUGUACUGUUUGUUGUUGGACGGCGAUGGCAACUCAAAAGUUUUUAUUUUUUGUGUGUUUAAUGGUGUGUGGAGGAAAUAUUGAAAGCACAUCUGAUAUUUGCACCGGACCAUACUGCCAGAGGUCAUCCAGAUUACCAGAUCACCAAGGCAGAUCAGCAGAUCACCAAAGCAGAUAUUCAGUUUAUUCGCCAAGACGCCCAGCAGUCCCCUACACCGUAAUUCAACCCCAGCACAGCAGGACCGGCAGUCCAAAAGAAAACCCAAGGACCAUCACAGCUGAGGUUUUCAACCCACAAGGAUGCCCAGGAGGACGCUGUCAUGGAUCAGCAAGACCAACAAAUAACGAUACGAAAGAGUGCAGAGGAGCUGAUUGUAAACUACCUGUGCAAAAUCGACAAGAUCCCAGACAACAUCCCUGCGUUGGAGAUGCCUGCAACACGGGAUCAAAUCCUGGAAGAGGCAGACCGUCUUUUGUCCAUAUGCAGGACAGAGCUGAGCAAGUAUUGGGGGAAUUUCCGGAGUUUGGAAUUAGAGGGGGGUCGUCAUCUGGAAUACAGUUAACAUGUGACAUCAAACCAGACAUAAAUGAGGUCCAGUCUGAAGAUGCCUUAGUGUUGCACUUCCACUUGGGAAAAGGUCAGGAGAAAUUGGUGCAACAGAUGCAGGGGCAGCAAGCUGAGAUUAAACAAAUCCAAAGCACGCUGAAUGAACAGCGUGGCGCUCUGUUAGCCCAACAGAGGGAAAUACUAGACCAGCAGCGGAGGAUGUUCGAGCAGAUGGAAGAAGUCAAGGCUCAGUACAGCCUGCUUUUGGAAAGUGUCAAACACUUUUCUGUCCAAGGCCCGCAAAGAGUCAUUGAGAGCCAUUUAGAGGAUCUCCAACCCCAGACGAGAACCUAUCCUAAGGAGGCCUUCAACAUGCAUAAGAUGACCAUGGAUGCUGGUGUGACAGAUGCUGACAGACCUCUUCCUGGUUGUGGAUCCUGUCAAGCGGAUGAGUUUUGUGACUUCAGUGCAGACCAGCCACACUGUGAGAAAUGUACGAUUUGCCCUUCGGGAUUCUUUCUGGUGGCUCAGUGUUCAAUUCAUGCUGACCGGAUAUGCCAGGACAGAGAUGAAUGCCUAGAAAUCCCAGGCUUGUGUAAAGAACAGAACAAGUGUCUCAACACACCAGGAGGAUUUCGCUGCUCAAGCAUGUCAGAGAGGGAUGCGGCUGCAGGGAUGUGUGGACACUCGUAUUUUUACAAUUCGGACAUGGAUGAGUGUCAAGCCUGUUCGGAGUGUGAUUCUCAGCUUAUGGCUUCCCCGUGUUCAGCCAUGAGUGAUACUGUGUGCUCCAACCCUUUGGAAACCAGACUCUCUCUUGCCUGGUCUGGUGAUGUUGACGUGGCAAAGGGUGGGGAGUUUCCCAAUAUACAACUCCGCAUCCGAGGGAACACUGAUGGAAACCUGCUUUCCUGCACUGAUGGCUUGGUAGUUCUCCAUCAACAUGGUCUUGUUUGGGUCGACCAUAACCUUGCUAUGAGACAUGGUUGCCGCAGCUUUAUCCAAGCGUGUUUACGACUGAACGCCAGCGAGGAUGAGAGUCGGGACCUGAGCGGCAUGCGUUUGGAGCACCGUGAGGGAAAGUCCCUUCAGAGCACGAGUGUCAGUGGAGCAGCAGCAGUGGAACCAGGGCAUACGCUGGUUGUUUUUCUCAAGAGUGCCAGCAACCAAUGCAAUCAAGAAAAUGAAGGUGUGCACCUUCAGAGCAAUCUUAUAUCACCUUUCAGUCUCAUCUGGUUGUCCCAUGACACGGGUGCAGUUGCCAUGACCGCUCAAGCUGUUGCUUCGGCGCACUACCACACCAACUACCGACCUGCCUUCCGUAUGGCAUCCAUCUCUGACCCCUAUAUGGUCGGACUGACCGAUGACAAUCGUGGUGUCCGCUUCAGGGAAAGUGGCACAGUGAAGUUUGUCCUUCAACAGUCCUUGUACUCCAUGGGUCAAGCUUGUAUCUCCGAGGGCUUCUACUUGCUCGCAUACGUGAACCAUAACGGAAGCAGCGCUGAGCUGACCCGUACGUUCAAGCCUGGUGUUCACUACAGAGACACUUCCAUAUCAUUGUCAGCCGCCACCACAGUGGAAUCUGGAGACAUGCUUACCUUCGAGAUCCUCGCCCCUGCACAGUGCAAUGUGCGCUACUUUGGUGACGACUCUGGGAUCAGCAUGCUUAGUCUUGUGUGGAUCCCUUCAUCCGUGUCGACGUCCUUGUCAGCCAUCGUGUCCCGGAAAGGUCUCCCCUCUGGUGCAGUGCGCAACAAAGCCUUGUUUUUCCUCCAAACAACUCGGGAAGUACCACAAGUCACACUUGCUGGAACAGGAGCACUCCAUCCUCACCGAAACUUCAUCUUCAGGGAGGCAGGAACAGCAAGUUUGGCUUUGGAUCUGCGGCUCAUCCACUCAUGCAAUCUGAUCAAACUCACUUUGCUCAAACAGGGUGGGACACAGGGGGCUCAGGCUACCCCCAUAGCUCAACAGAUCGGCGGGCACAUGCCAGAAGGAAGCAUAUGGGGGAGUGUGGGAUUGAGGGUAUCCUUCCAGGUGCAAAAUGGCACGACAGUUUUUGCUACUUUGGAUUGCGUGCGCGGACGCAUUAACCAAAUCGCCUAUGAUGCGGGAAGCAGCAUUACUAUUCUCUGGACAGCUGCAUGAGCAAAGCAUACUUCAGCUAGCAUGACAUUAAGCAUGUUGAUGUUAAAAUCUCUUAUUGCGUUAAACUAAAAUGAUUUUAGAUGCUUUCUUUAUUCAUCUGUAUUAGUAUAGUAUUUGUUUACCCUACUAUGGAAGUCAAUGGGUAGCAUUAACUAUGUACUUACCAUCAUUUAUCAAAAUAUCUUCAUUUGUGUUUUACAGAAUAUAGAAACUCAUACAGGUUUAAAACAACGUGAGGGUGAGUACAUUUUUGGGUGACGCUUUUGAAGGAUAGCUUAGAUAAAUUAGUAACAAAGAUAAAAAAUAUUAAUACUUUAUUUUUAUACUGUUAUUACUAUUGUUGCGCAAAUCUGUGGUUGGUUGUUGUAUGGCCUGAUUUUGAAAAUUUUGCAGUACCCGUCCUUUUUUUGUUGUUGUUGUAUUUGCACUUCAGAACAUAAAGAUUAUUAACAAUGUUAGUAUUUUUCUUUUUAAAUGAGGGUACUUUUUACAGCAUGCUUCAGUUCUCAAUUAUUAUGUUUAGUAGUAGCUGUACUAUUUGUUUUCUUUACUCAAAAUAGCAGUUAACUACAUAUAGCCACUAAACUUUUUUUUACGACUUUUAUAUUCAUUUAUGGUUUUGUUUUAAGUUGAGUCAACCCUACACUUUGCACAUCAAAGGCAGAAACGAUAUUAAAUAUUUUUUGGUGGUUGGUAGUGGAAAUAAAAUGCAUGUGUCUAUACCACACAGAACCAGAUGGCUUUGAUUUUGCAGUUUAACAUGCAAGAUGUCUAUAAAGUAAGAUACCCAGUCCUCUGGCCUUGUGUAUGAGUAUUUCAUUUAUGUAUGGCUGUUGUAUUGCCUUAUGCUGAAAUUAUAAAUUAUCUUGCAUUGCUUCACAACCAUCACAAGAUAUCACAAACAAUACCAAAAAAAGUAUGUCCAUGUUUUUGUAAAAAGAGAAUCCAUCCAAAGAGCAACCAUACCUUAAACCCUAGCCAAGACUGAAAAUAGAUUUAUAAACUUAGGAAGCAUUAUCUUGUGGUUUUUAAAGACAUUUGGUUAAUAUUAUAAGCGUUAUUGAAAGCAGGAGAUGACGUUCCUCUGAAGUUAUUCCAUAAGAAGAAACGUGUGGGAGACUGAAUUUAUCACAUGGACGAUUGUGAAACACUGAAAUAUGGCUAUACUUUAAAAGCAUCACAGAGAGUCUUUGCCAUGUAAAGUUUAGUCACAUUAUUACCCUCUAAUAUUACACAGGUGGAAAUAAAUUCAGUUUAAGUCGUUUUUUACUUCAUUUGAUGGGUAAUUGUUAAAUUAUGGUUGACCAGAUGGUUAUCUUAUAUGAAAUAGUCAUGCAUUUAAGCAAUUGUUUAGAGUUUAGUUUGCACCUUUGUGUUUUCUUUGUAGUUAUCUUUAUUCUCAGAAAUAAAGGUACAAAAGCUGUCACCAGGGGCAGUACCCUUUAAAAAAGUACCUAAAGGUACAUAUCUGUACAUAAUGGUACAUAUUAGGACCUUUUUUUAAAUGUUAAAAGUCCCAGUGACAACUUUUAUAACUUUGUACCGUCUUUUGAGUGUGUUAUUGUCCACUCACAGUGUAUCUGAACUCAGAGCGUUAUUUGCACUGUCAAGAAGGUUCACAGUAACCUUAUGGCCUCCUCAACUACAGCUGUUAUAUGUAAGUGUCUGGUGAAGCAGCCCUGCAGGUGUUUAGGAUUAGAAGAUCUGAUAGUACUACUAUGUUAAAGCCUGUCCAUAAAGUAAAACAUCUGGAAUAUUUCAUUGGGGGGGGCAUAAUGCUUUGGAUUCUUCAGAUUUCCAUAUAAAUGCGUACAUAUGAUGUCUUAAAACAGUUUUCAACCUUUGUAGACUCAAGCACCACCCACCCAGACUCUCAGCCAACUUUGGAACCUCCAAUAUAAAAAAGCUAAAAUUAGGGCUGUCACAAUGAUUAAAUAAUCAUCUCAUCCGAUUGUUUGACCUCAUCGCAAUGAUUUCAGAUCACCGCAAUGAUUGCACAUCUCUUUAAAAACACAAGGGGGAGCUGCAACGCCUGUAUAAACGAGACAGUAUCAGAUGGUGCUCCAUCAGUGUACGCGAUACAUUGC